AUGCGCGUCCUCGCCUUAUCCAUGGCUGCGCGCACCGCCAUCGUCGCCGCGGCUGCCGGCUCCUUGACCGCCAAGUCCGCUGAUCCUCCCGCUGCCUCAAACUCAUCCGCUUCGUCCGUGCAACACUCAACUUCGCGACCGCCAUCCCAGUCGCUCCAGCAGCAGCAACCACAGCAGGAGUUUGGAGGCAGGUGGAGAGAAGAUAGGAGGGGGAAUGGGCGGAGAACGGCGGGAAGCGGUGAUGGUGGAAGGGGUAAUGCACUUGGUUUUAACGGGCUUGAGACGGCUGCAGCCGGAGCAGGGCGGGAGCAACAGCAGGGCGUGAGGGUGUCGUUUGAAGCGCCUCAAGCAGCAGGCAUGGGGGCGAGAGCUUCGGUCGAGGCGCCCCAAACCACAGCGGUGGGGGCGAGAGGGCCGCUGCAGCAGAAGCUGGGGUGGGAGGCGGACGGCAGGGGGCGCGGGGGGAGAGGCGGGGGGCGGGGGAUGGGUAUGGGCGGGCGGACAGGCAGGGAGUUGCCGCUGGGGGUGGCGAGCGCUGUGAGGGGAGGGGGAGGGGAGCGGUCAGGGGGAUGGGGAGGUGGGGGAGGCGGGGGAGGGGAGGGGGAGGGUGGGCGCAAGGGGGAGUGGGGGAAAGGAGAGGGGGGGAGGGGAGGGGAGAGGGAAGGAGUAAGAGGGGGAGAGAGGGGAGGUGAGAGAGGGGGAGGGAAGGGAGGAGAGAGGGGGGAACAAUGGGCUGUACAGCGAGGAGGGGGUGGGGGAAAGGGAAGUGGCGGAGAAGGUGGAGGUGGCGGAAUGGGGGAGCGGAGUGGAAGGGAGAGGGAGGAGUGGGACUAUAUGGAUGGGAAUCUGACUGAUGGGCAGGGCGAGUGGAAUGCGGAUAGUGACGAGGGUUGGGAUAGGGAAGGAGGAGGGGAGCUGCGCGGGGAAAUAAGAGAGAGGUUCGGGCAGGGGGGAGGAGGGGAAAGGGGCGGGGGAGUGACAGGGCAGGGGGGAAGGGGAGAGAAUCCAUUUUGGAGAGGGGAUGGGCAGGCGAUUGGUAAGUAUGCCGAGGGGAGGGAUGGGAGGGAUGGGAGGGUGGGAGGAUUGGGAAGGGACGGUGGUGUCUGGGGAAGAGGAGCAGGCGAGCAGUCUGGUGUGAGGAGCGGGGAGAGGGAAGAGAGAGGGAGAGAGGGGCAGUGGAGGGGCGGUGGAGAGGGAUGGAGAGAGGCAGGGGAGGGAGGGAGAGCGGGAAACGAGCAGUGGACGAGGAGGGCAAGCAGAAAGGAUGGGGGAGGCGGUGCUGUGGCACGUGGGGGUGAGUAUGGUGGAGGUGACUAUCAGGGAAGUGAUGGUAAGAGAGGGGAGGACGAGAGAGGGGGGCGAGGGUGGGGGACCGCUGGUGAGGAGGGGAGAAGUGAGAUGCCAGUGGGAGUUGGAGGGGAGAGUGGUGCUGAGAGGGAGUGGGGAGGGCGAGUGGGAGAGGUAGAUGAAGAGAGGGGAGAGGGUGGGGGAGUGUUGGGAGAGGAGGAAGCCUGGGAGGCAAACGCAUUGCGGCAACAGCAGCAGCAGCAGCAGCAGCAGCAGCAGCAGCAGCAGAUGAGAGAGCAGCGGAGAGGAACACAGGAGACACCGCUGGGGGUGAGGGGUGAUGCUGGUGGGGCCAGCAUGGUUGGCGGCGACAGUGCUGCUUCUUUCCCCACCAGGGCAGUAGAGGGUACGGAGCAGAACGCACGGCGCUUCAACCAGUACAUGUCCGAGGGGCAGACCCUCCUGCAGGAGGGCCGGGGCGGGCUGCAGGGGCGCAUCGAGAUCGGCAUGGCGGAGGCCUUCUUAGAGCGCGCCACUGGCCUGUUUGAGCGCGCGUGCCAGCUGGACCCCGUGAGCGUGGCGGCCGUGGGGCAGCUGGGGAACGCGCUGCUGGCUCACGGGGAGGUGAAGCUAAGGACGGUGCAGCUGCUGCGGAGCCAGUCGCCGCUUGCUGGUCUACUAGGGGGAGCGGGUGGGGCGAGGGGCGAGGGAGCAGGUGUGCAGCAGGAGCAGGUGGCGAGGGAGGCAGCGGCAGUGAUGGAUCGGCUGGCGGAUGAGUGCGAGCAGCUGCUGGUGCAGGCCGGCCGGCAGUACCGGCAAGCGCUCAGCAUGGAUAGGAGAGAUGCCCGCGCGCUCUUCAACUGGGGGCUGGCUUUGUGCUACCGUGGGCAACUCGUGGCUGAGGAGGCUGGGGAUAACGAGGAGUACAAGGCGCUAGCAGACCGCAUGUUCUGUGCCGCCAUUGACAAGUUCGAGGCCAUGCUCUCCAUGACCGACCGCUGGCACGCCAGUGGUGAGUGCCUUGCCCUUCACAUCUGCCUUCUCAUUCCCACUUCCUCCUCCCACAUCUGCCGUACUCCGUUCAUUUCACCUCUCAUUUUAGGGGAAGUUCUUCUGUACUUGUCUCCCUUGCCUUAUCCCAACUCUCUCCCACCGCCAUUCCCCCACCCCUCUGGCAUCCCCCUCCAUCCAGCUCUCCUCAACUGGGCACUUGCCUUGAGAGGCCGCUCGCGUGCAUCCCCCGUCCAUGAGUUAUCGCCUCUCAUCUUGUCCCAAGCUCUCUCCUCUCCCCCCCCGUUCAUCGCUCCUCUUGCACCCCCCCUUCCUCCAGCUCUCCUCAACUGGGCUUUGGCCCUCAGGGACCGUUCGCGCCUGCGCCCCCUCUCCUCCGUUUCCCGCCUGCGCUUAACCCAGGAGGCCCUGCAGCUGCUGCGGCAGGCCGCUAAGAGAGACUCUCCACUAAGCGACGGAUCCCCCCGGGACCCGACGUUCUCGGAGGUUCGGAAUGCGCUGGUGUUGUGCGAAGCUGAGGUGGCGAAGCUGAAGGAAAUGGUGGGGAGGGGUGCGGAUGGUGGGAGGGGGAGUGGGGGUAGAGCGCUGAGGCCUGGCAAUGAGAGUACUAUCAUCGCCAUGGAGGUGUCGGCGCCAUUGAUAAAGAACAUCCUGCUACUGGAUUCAGAGGGGAAGCGAGUAGCGGUGAAGUACUAUUCGGACGACUGGCCCACCCUCGCAGCCAAGCUAAAUUUCGAGAAGUCGCUUCUGAGCAAAACACAACGCGCCAAUGCCAGAGCAGAAGCGGAGAUCGGCAUCUUCGAGGGGUUCAUCGUGGUGUACAGGUUUAUCGCGGAUCUGCACUUCUACGUGACGGGCGGCGAGGACGAGAACGAGCUCAUCCUCUCCACCGUCCUCACCGCCUUCUUUGAAGCCGUCUCGCAUCUGCUCAGGGGCAACGUGGAGAAGACGGUGCUGGAGAACCUCGACCUCGUGCUCGUCUGUUCACCCUCAUCCAGCUCGCUCACCCUAUGGCUUCUCUCACUUUGUCUCCCGCAUGCAUGGCAUGACCGCAGGGGCAACGUGGAGAAGAAGACGGUGCUGGAGAACCUCGACCUCGUGCUGCUAUGCCUGGACGAGCUCGUCGACGGCGGCUGCACUGAAUGGGCUUCCCUCACCCUUUAUUCUCCCACCUAUUCGUUCUCUCCGCUCCUUGUGACGGACAUUGCCGUGGUGAUUCUGGAGACGGAGCCCACAGUGAUCGCCAACAGAGUCGCCAUGAGAGGAGCCGACGCCGACCUGCCUCUUUCCGAACAGGUGAGGGAGCAGUGUGUGGCCCUUGGUUAG